AUGUCCUUAGCAUCGACACUUCUUGGCACGUUGCCCAAUUCCGUUCAGUUGUUGAAUGGUGACAUAGUGUUAAAAAUCGACCUACAGGCAUAUGAUGCAUACGUCGAAAGACAGCAGAAGUUGUUUAGUGAAUUGAGUUCGUCGGCAAUCUACCCACAUGACACCUUAUCGCUCGGAAAGGUGGUAGACCAGAUUCGAGGACAUAGACAGCGGGACCAAGCUAUUUCCUCUAUAUGCACGUUAUCUGGGAACAGCGACGAUGACGCUUGUCAAGACACCUUGAAUCUUGUCACUCGGCUUAUGCUGAUGAUCGAAGUGGGAAGUCUAGAGAAAGCUUCUGGCUUCAUGCAUCAAACCGGCCCCCGACCGCUACCACUAUGGGAUGAGAAUUCUUUAGAUACUCUAACUGACAAGGUCUUCCCGAUCUCACGCCAUCAAUCCUGUGGUGGUAUGACAAUGACCCCCGAAUUCUCUGCCUGGAGUCUCGAGAACGUUGCUGGUAUCAAGAUUGAGUUCACCGAUAACCUGGCGGAUCAUUUACGCUUAACCAACAACAACUCACAAGUAUAUGUCUUUCAUCACGUUGCUUUCCUUGAGGCCCAAAGACAUAGCAUAAACACACAAGCUACUCUUCCCCAAGGGCUAGCGGAAGAAACCCUCAGAACUCUAGCAAUACUAUUUCCGCAAUCUGACCACUGGGCAGCAUUCAGAUCCAACCGAAAGAAGCAAGUCUGGUUGGAAAGGCUCUGCACGCACUCAAGCCGCGUGAUAGAUCCCCAGCUAGCUUGGUGCGGGACUCCUAGCGGAGAGAGCAGAUAUCUCUCCAACUUUUGUUUCUGGAGAGAUCGUCUACUGGUUCUAAAGGAAGAAUUUGAUCAUUCGACACCAGAUUCAUUUUCUCAGUGGUGGUAUGACCGACGGAAUGGAGUGCAAUGGCACAACUUUUGGGUUGCGAUAGUUGUGUUGGGACUGACAGCUGUGUUUGGACUAAUACAGUGUAUUCUUGCUUCGAUCCAAGUAUACAAAGCAUAUCACCCUUAG